AUGCCUACACAGGUGGAACAGAAAACUGUUGAUCCAGAAGCAGAACUCAGCAAUGUUCAGCGAAUGUUUCAAAAGUUGGCACCUAUGUGCAGCAUUGAGAAACGGGCCGGCGGCGUGCCACAGCUCGCUCCUCAAGAGAAACAGUUGGGUAUACUGGCAACCGAGCUAAAGGAGACACUUCUUUGCAUUAAUCUCGCCAGAAAAGGACAGCACGGUCUUCGCGAUAACUUAACGAAGGCAGGUACGCGCAAGUCCAUCGUGGAAUACGAGCAUUUGGAGGGAGAGUUACGAGAUGAAAGGGCGCAACAAGCCGAGCUGGAAUGCCUCAACUAUCUGGCCCAGAAACAGAUGACAGAGUUUAUAAAGAAAGUGCCCACCGAAGCAGAUGAGUUAGCGAUGAUCGAAAAUGCAGCCAACCGACUACGGCGCAUGGAGAACCGUCUUGAUUUAGCUACGAAACGUUUCUGUGGUAUCAAUACAGACAACAAACGGGUCCGAGAAGAAAUUGAUCGUCUGCUCGUUGAGAGGAACAGUUUCAAUAUUCAAUGGAACAGAACUAUUGGCAAGCUAGUGAAGGGUAAGGAAUACCUCAUGGAUAUAUUCGAGAUUGCCGCCAAUUCUUUCGGCGAUCGAGAUGAAUGCUGCAGGAUGCUCGAGGCCUUGAAAUGGAAGGGGUUGUUUCAGCUCAACAGAGAUAUAUCGGAAAUGCAAUCAUACGAAGGGGAGUUGAAUCACCUUGCAAAGUUAGAAGAGUUCCUACGAGUGAAAGGUUCUAGAAGGAUCUGCGAGGCCGACGAAAUAGAAGAAAUAAAGAGACAAGAGGAAAUACAACGAUGUGAGCAAGAGAUCUCACGCUAUGAUGCGCUGUUGGAAGAUAUAUUUCAUUACGCCGGCUCUGACAGACUUCUGACAAUAGUCAACAACUUUAACGCCUCCGAAAUUCAAAACUUCUCUAUUUUCGAACUUCUUUGCCAAGUACUUCAAGAGUCUAUAAUCAUGAGGCGAGAUCUUGAGACUUUGCGGCAGCGUAUAAUGGAUCAACGCGACAUAAACGAGGCACGAGAGGAGAAACAAGAUAAGCGUCUGGCGGAACUGAAAGUGGAUCUAGAGAGGAAUAGAGACAAAACGCAGCAUAAGAUGCAGUUGAACAUCAACGCUGAUGCAACCAUUCUCAAAGUGCUCAAAGGGAUCGAUGAUCUUGUCAGGUUGGCUAAGUGUGACGUCACUCCACUGCUAUCACUCCUGGGCAACCACAAGGAGGUGACAAAAUGGAAUGUUCGCAAGUUCCUCAGAAUCCUGGAAUCGGACGUCAAGAGUCUAAUCGAAGUGGCCUACGGAGCCGUGAAGCCGCCAGCUCCCACUCCGAAAGCUAGGGGAAAGGGCCCCCCUGUCGCAACUGACAAACUUGUAGCUGAUCCUCAUGUGGAGACAUUGAGACCUAAUAGAAUUGAAAAGCUAGUGCCGUACCAACCUUGCGCUUAUUGUGUCGAGGACUACAUAAUGAAUUUAGUUUUUGAGACGCCAGCUGUCCCAGCAAACAAAGAAUAUGUUGAGAGUAUAUUCCAUUUAGAAGAUGUUAACACUAAAUUUGGAAUAUAUACACUCACUAUACCUGCUAAACGUCAUCCAUACAGAGGACCCAAAAAAGAUUGAAGCAAACUACUAAUGUAUUAUUUUGUGUUUUAAUUUAUUGCUUUUUUGUAUAAAUGUAAUAAAAAAUACUUUGUUUUU